AUGGACUUCCUCAAAUCGGCCGUGGCCUCGAUAUCGAAAGGUCCAGCAUUUGCAUACUCGUUUGGCGAUCGAGUCGACAUCGAUCAAUCUAUCUGGACUCUGCACAACGGCACGAAGCGAGAAGACGGUUCGAAAUGCAGCAUCUUCUCCUUUGACAUCAACGCCAACCGCUCACGACUCCCGCUCGCAAAGAACGCUCUAAGGAAGUUCAAGACGUUACGGCAUCCUGGUGUUGUCAAGGUGUUGGACACUAUUGAGACAGACCAGCUUAUCUACGUCGCAACUGAACGCAUUACGCCCCUGAACUGGUCGACGAGACGGAAGGCCUUGUCAGAAGAGAGCUUGAAAUGGGGAUUGCACAACGUGGCAAAGACGCUCAAAUUCAUCAACGAUGAGGCCGCCAGUGUGCAUGGCAAUAUACGCGCAUCCUCCAUAUUCACCAGCGAGAGCGGAGAGUGGAAGAUUGCUGGUCUGGAUAUUCUCAGCUCCAUGAAGGAAGAUGAUGCUGUCAUAUUCACCCAAGGCAGCCUAAUGCCAGACAUUGGACGAUAUUCGCCUCCUGAGGUGGUCAAGACCGGAUGGGAAUCGGUGCGGAAGAAUCCUACACAUGCGGUGGACGCAUACAACUAUGGCAUACUGGUGACGGAGGUGUUUAAUGGAGGAUUUUCAGGCUCUGAUCAGGUUGGAUCGACCAAGAACAUUCCACUGGACAUGCAAAACAGUUACAAGAGGUUGACGCACGCCGCUCCCAAAAUGCGGCUGAGCGUUGCGCACUUCCUGGAGCAGGGCACGCGCAGUGGAGGAUUCUUCGAUACACCUUUGAUUCAACUGGCGGACGGCAUCGACAAUCUGGGUCUGAAGAGCGAUGCAGAGAAAGAUGCGUUCUUAAGUGAGCUUGAAGCUGUAGCAGAGUCGGACGACUUUCCAGAGGACUUCUUCAAGGUUAAGGUGCUACCGGAGCUACUCAAAUCUGUCGAAUUCGGUGGUGGUGGCCCGAAGUCGUUCGCUCUGGUCAUGCGCAUUGCCUCCAAGCUCUCCGAGGAUGAAUACGAUACCCAAAUCACACCUGUCAUUGUUCGAUUAUUCACCAGCCCCGAUCGAGCAAUGAGAGUCUGCCUUCUGGACAAUCUACCCCUGAUGAUUGAUCAUCUCAGCCAGAAGAUUGUGUCAGACAAGAUCUUUCCGCAGAUGGUGACAGGUUUCGGAGAUCUUGCGCCUGUGGUACGAGAGCAGACAGUGAAGGCAGUCUUGGUGGUUGUACCGAAGCUCUCCGACCGAGUGGUCAACGGCGAGCUUCUCCGACAUCUUGCAAAGACCGCGAACGACGAACAACCCGGCAUUAGAACGAAUACUACAAUCUGUCUCGGCAAGAUCGCACGUAACCUUGGCGCAAGUUCACGGGUCAAGGUCUUGAGCGCAGCUUUCUCGCGUGCGCUUCGAGAUCCGUUCGUCCAUGCGCGAAACGCCGCGCUGAUGGCUCUCGCAGCCACAGCAGACAUAUUUCCAGAAGAAGACUGCGCAAACAAGAUGUUGCCAGCCAUCUGUCCAGGUCUUGUCGAUAAGGAGAAGAUGAUCCGCGAUCAAAGCAACAGAACUCUCAACAUCUACCUUGAACGAAUACGCAAGUACAGCACCACUCUCCCAGAUACAGUGCUGCCACCCCCUGAAACCGCCUCAGCCGGCGGCACAAGAAUGAGCACACCACAGCCGAGUCAGCAAGGCAACCAGUGGAUGGGCUGGGCAAUCUCAUCCUUCACGAACAAAUUGAGCGCCGCCACUGGCGAAAUACAACCGAAUGGAACCGGCGCGCAGACUCCUUCGGACCGUGUCACAUCACCGCCGGCAAACGGGAUAUCAUCGCCGCCACCCGGCCUACACCACACAGCAUCAGCGUCAGCCGUGCCGAAGGCAACUUCAAAUCUGCGUACGACCGCCAUGGCGCCCGUUGAAGAUUUCGACAACGAUGACGGCGGAUGGGGCAACAUGGACGAUGACGACCCGGCCGACGCGUGGAACACUGAACCUGCCGCUACCUCUUCGACUCACUCGUCCAAACCCAGCGUCUCAUAUGACGACGGUGGCGAGCCCGACUUCGAAGGCUGGCUCAACGCCCAAGCGCAGGCGAAGAGCGCGAGUAAAAAACCUUUGCCGAAAGGCCUUGCGAAAAAGACGCCGGCUGCGAGGCCGGCCCCGACGUCGAGGACGAGCACCGUAACUUCCAAACCUAGCAUUGCGGCACCGAAAACUUCCAAACCCGUCGAGACGAAGCCUGCGCCCGUGGAAGAUGAGGAUGAGGGUUGGGGAGAUGCGUGGGCGGAUUGA